GAGAGGCAGAAAAAAAAAAAAAAAACACAAACAAAAAGGAGAACUUCUUUGUGUGUUGAUCAUUGGAAUAACGUUCGAAACCUAAGAAGGGUUUCGUUAAGAUUAGGGACUCGUUUACUUCCACCGAUUGUCGAACAAGGGAUGCGAGAAAGGGGUUAGGGUUAGGGUUUGGUGGUGGUGGAAGGAGCAGAAUGGAGGAGUCUGAACUUGAAGAGGGAGAGGCAUGCUCAUUCCAGAACCACGAGGAGGAUCUUGAUGAUGCUAGCAUCGAUCCUGAUGUUGAUCUCUCUUACAUUGAUGCAAAACUUCAAGAUGUUCUGGGACACUUUCAGAAGGAUUUUGAGGGUGGGGUGUGUGCAGAGAAUCUUGGGGCUAAAUUUGGUGGUUAUGGAUCAUUUUUACCUUCCAGUCAGCGGUCUCCUGGAUGGGGUCAUCCAAGGACUCCAUCAAAAGCUCAUAGUCAAAAUACAUCCAAAUCUUCCCCUAAGUUGCAACCAGAGGGUGGGCAAGGGGAUGCUGUACAAUUUUCAAAUGGAAAUCAGUCAUUGAGACCUGGCCCAGGUUCUGCUGGCUACUCAAGGCUGCCUGCUGUUAAGGCACCUUCUGUUAAUGAUGCUAUCACUCAAGAAAAUGGCAUGACAACUGCUGGUGCUGAGGUGUUCACUUCUAAUGACACUCUCACUCAAGAAAAUGGUUCUCUAAGCAUAAAGCCUAGAAGCACAUCAGACCAGAAGACCCUGAAAUUUCGAAUCAAGAUGGGUGCUGACAAUUUACCAACACGGAGAAAUGCUGCUAUCUAUAGUGGACUUGGUCUUGAUGUGUCUCCAUCAUCAUCACUUGAUGACAGCCCCUCAGAAAGUGAAGGAAUUUCUCAUGAGCGUCAAGAUGCUCCUUUUGAAUCUCCAUCUUGUAUCCUUAAGAUUAUGACGGACCUCCCUAUGCUGCUGUCACCUCUAACUGAUGAUCUCAUUCAGUUAAUAGAAAGGGAAACAUGUGCCAGAGAGAGCACACCUGUCCCUGUUUAUAUUAAUAAGCCAGAAAGUUCUGGGAUGUUACCGCAAGAAUCUAACACUCUAAGAGGCAAAGGCAACAAAAAAUCGUCAGGAAGGAAGAAAAUUAAGUCUCUAGACGGUUAUGAGUCCUCAAUGGACAUGAAGAGCGACAGUAAGAAGAAUGUUCUGUCACGGAAGGAACAGGGUAUAAAUGCAGUGAAUACUGAGGAGCGGCUUUCGAAAACCCCGAAGCUUCCACUUCUAUCCAGUUCAUAUUCUUUGCGUGAUGAUUCAGUAAAGGCUGUGGAAGUUAACAAGGGUAUAGUGAGGGAGAAGACAUUUUCUGAUCAUGGACAAAAGGGUUUAGUGGAGUCAACAUCUACCGAAAAUGGUUAUGUUGAAAGAAUAAAGGGAGGUUCAGGUGAUCCAGCACAAAGGAGCCUGGUGGAGCCAACAACUUCUGAAGUGAAUGGUAAGACAAAGGGAGGUUUAGGGAGGAAAUUUGUGGGAGAGAAGGUUUCUCUAAAUGAUUCAUUGGCUUGUACAGAAAAAGACAAUCCUGGGAGAGUUAAAAUUUGUGAUUCAGUGUGGGGUGAGCCAAAUACUCCUAAGAAUUCAAAAGGAAGCCAUGGCACUGUCACUGCUGUGAUACAAAAGCAGAAGUUAAAGUCUGGCACCUCUUUGGUGCCUAAAGUAAAGAAGAGUUUUGAUGGUAGUUCAAUGUCAAAAAAUGAAACUGAAGAGGCCAGGGUACAAAAAGGCCCUGGAAAGGCUAGAGAUACAUACAGAGACUUCUUUGGGGAACUAGAUGAAGAGGAGGACAGAAUGGCCUCGCCAGAAACCUCAUAUGGGGGUAAACUGAAGGAAACCGAGGCUGUCAAGAGGCGCACACCUGAAAUUACUCGUGGAAUAAAGGAGAGAUUAGGUGGUGCUGAGAAGGUUGAUAAGUCAUUAAUAUCUGAUGAAGAUCCUAAAAGAGCCACAAAUGUCCAGUACACUAAUGUGAAUGGUGCUGCGGCGGAUAUUGGAAAAGGAGAUCCUGUAUCACUGGCUCCAGUUGUGAUGGAAGAUAAUUGGGUGCAGUGUGACCGGUGUCAUAAGUGGCGCCUUCUUCCAGUCGGCACUAAUCCUGAUAGCCUGCCUGAAAAGUGGUUGUGUAGUAUGCUUGAUUGGCUGCCUGAUAUGAAUCGCUGUAAUGUUAGUGAGGAUGAUACCACAAAAGCCCUUAUUACAUUAUAUCAAGUGCCUCCUCAUAAUGGUCAAAGCAACGUGCAAAAUGUCCCUGCAAGUGUUAUGGUAGCAGGAAUUGUACCAACUACCCAGCAAAACAAUGAUCUGUUUGCAAUGCCUGGAGGGAAGAAAAAACCUAUGAAAAAGACAUUGAACUCUGCCAAUAAAGAUGGCUCUUCUCAAUUUUCAUCUUCUAUGAAGAAAAGCUUGCCCUCAUCAGUGAAAAGUAGGAGCUUAAAUGAUGUAAAUAAAUCUCCUGCUUUGAGUAACCCUGAUGUUUUGGUGAAGAAACGCAAAACUAAGCAGCAAAUGCUGGAGCAGGAUCCUGAUGGAGGUGAUACAAAGAAUGUGAAAGCAAAAAUCAGGAAGGACACUGAUCAAGAUAGUUCUAGACCAUACAAGAAAAGUAAGAUUGAUGGUAAUGAUGAAGAGUGGAUGCCGCAGAAUGGGCCUGCUAGGAAGGGGGGAUACAGCUCGAAUAGUAAUGUUCCAACUACUUCAGUUGGCAAAGAUCCACUUAGACCAAAAGAUCGCUCCUCUUCAAGGGACUCUAAAUACAAUGGUAAUGACAGGCUACUGCCUUCAGCUGAGAUAGCAAAAGAUAAGGGUCAGGGUUCCAUGGAUGAGGGAUCCCUGAAUUUUGGGAAUUAUGAUUCCAAUGGUGCUCUUAAAAAGAGGAAACUGAAGGAAUAUCAGGAUGCUCAAUUACAGGAGAGUCAUGUGGAGUUUAGUGACUCUCGGAGGGAAAAGAAGCCAAGAAAUUCAAAAUCUGAAGGUAGAGAAUCAAGUUCCAGUAAAGGAAGUGGCAGGACAGACAAAAAAGGUAGUCAUACUAAGAACCACAAAUUCAGGCAAAAUCCAGGGAGUGCGCCAUCACAACGGAGUGUGGGUGGUAUGGAGAGUUCAAAGGUAGAUUUGGGGCCUCUGAGGGCUUCUGCUGCUGCCACUACUUCAAGCUCGUCAAAGGUUUCUGGCUCACAUCAAACCAAAGCUAGCUUCCAGGAAUUGAAAGGCUCGCCAGUGGAAUCAGUUUCUUCAUCACCUAUGAGAAUUUUAAAUGCAGAUAAAUUUACAAAUAGGGAACUGACGGUGAAAGAUGGAUUUCAUGAUGCUGCUGCUGUGGGUAGUGCAACUGAGCAAGUUAAAGAUCGAUGUCAUGGUGAAGACAGCACUGGCGUUUAUCAUGCUAAUGUGACUCAUCCAAGGAAGAUUGGCAAAGGAUCACUUUUGAAGGAUAAUGGUGGCAGCUAUAAGUCUGAGUCUAUUGCCGAAAAGUUCAAAAGUUCUAUCCAACUGCAAGAUGAAUCUCCUCCAUCAGAGGCAAAACAGCGUAAGGAAGGCAAUGUAAAGCUGCAAGAGAAUGUUGGGUCAAAGCUUGACAAAAGCGAGAAUAUACUUGUUGGGAAGAAAGAUUAUACAGAAAAUGAUAUUAGGAAAAUACAGAAUGGAUUAAAUAAAGAGCACAACUUUCAAGAAGUCCGUACAAAUGGCAUUUGCAAGCAGGAGGCAUUGCCUGCUACUAGUCAGAGCCAGUUGACAGAAUGUGAUAUUGAAAGAUCUUCAAAAAGGCCUCUUUCAGAAAGAAAUGACAAAGGAGUAAUUGGAAAAGGUAAGUUGUCAUUGCCACCCUCUGGAGAUGUAGCAGGUGAUCUUCCCCAAGUAGAUGAUGAAUCGAAGUUGCAAAAGAAACAAAUUCGAAAGGGUGAAUAUCAAAAUGGAACACAGCAAGUUAAUUCCAGACAUCCCACGAUUAAUGGACACAAAUCCAGGGAGCUUGACAACCCUACUCCAAACAGAAGAGAUUCUAAUAGCCAUUCGGCUAGCAAUGCUUUGAAAGAAGCUAAAGACCUAAAGCAUCUGGCUGAUCGUCUUAAGAAUUUAGAAUCCACUCUCGAGAGCACGGGGAUUUACUUACGGGCUGCACUGAAGUUUCUUCAUGGAGCCUCUCUAUUAGAAUCUAGCAACAAUGAUAGUAACAAGAAUGAGAUGAUUCAGUAUAUCCAAAUUUAUAGUAGCACAGCAAAAUUGUGCGAGUUUUGUGCCCAUGAAUAUGAGAAAUUGAAAGACAUGGCUGGAGCUGCUCUGGCUUACAAAUGCAUGGAGGUGGCAUAUAUGAGGGUUGUAUAUUCCUCAAGCACUAAUGCAAGCAGAGAUCGGCAUGAGCUGCAGACAGCUAUGCAAAUGGUUCCUCUUGGCGAGUCACCUUCAUCGUCUGCAUCUGAUGUUGAUAAUGUUAACAACUCUAUAACAGCAGACAAGGUUGCCUUGUGCAAGAUUACCAGCUCCCCCCAAGUUGCUGGAACCCAUGUUAUUGCUGCCAGAAAUCGUCCUAAUAUGGCGCGACUGCUCAAUUAUGUUCAGGAUAUGAAUUCUGCUAUGGAAGCCUCAAGGAGAUCACAGAGUGCUUUUGCAGCUGCUAAUUCAAACCUUGGUGAGGGUAAGUAUGCAGAGGGUUUGUCAUCCAUCAAGAAGGCUCUUGACUUUAGCUUUCAGGAUAUAGAAGGUUUACUGCAAUUGGUUCGACUUGCUAUGGAGGCGAUAGCUCGGUGAAGCAUCCAGGCAGUUGCAAGAUCAUCUAGCCUGUUAAGCAUUGCUUGUUGGUUAAGUCUGCCUUCGCUGAGACAAAUGAUGGGCUGAACCGUACUAUGAAGGGCACGGUUUAUCAUAUAAAAUCUUGUGUAUAUACAUGUCUGCGAUGCAAACACACAGAAAUGGGGAUCAGAUACCAAGAAUGAAGAGUGUGGUAAAUCUCUAGAAAAUAUGGAGGUAUUAAAAUUCUGGAGUUGGAGUUUCUUUAAAGCAAGUUCUUAGCUCCUUUGAAAUUCUUGCCAUUGCUUGGUCUCUUCUCUUUCUCGAGGGAGUAUUAUUAUUUUUUUUUUUUUUGCGACCCAAAAAUGUAAAGUUAUAUAUGCUAGAGAAAGGGAUUUUGUAGAGCUUUGCAUUCAAAUGUAGUCACCCAUGUUCCAGUUGAAAAUAGAGUCACUCUUGGAUCAUCACUCCAAAGGAAGGAGUUGAAGGGAGUUGAAUGUUGCCUUGUACAAAUUUAGGAUCACUGGCGAAACUUUUUUUUCCCCUCUUUUUUUCUUUUCUUUCUUUCCUCAUCUUUUUUCUUUUUGUUAUAAAAAAAGGCUAUUGGUAGUUGAUAGAGAACAGAAGACAAUAAAUAACAAUUGGCAGUGGGAGCAUGUACAGCAGGAAAUUAACUUUUUAAGUUGCAGUUUGUAAUAUUAUCAAUUUUUCUGAUAUAAAAUCUCAUGAACAAGGUUGCUCUA